CUUAUCUGAUUAAAAAGAUCCCCUUAUUAAUCCACCCGGCCAUAUUCCGAAUAAAUACCUACCACGCCAAACAACAAGAAGCAACCAACCAACCAACUAACCAACACGAUACAAUCCGUAUAACAGAGCUGGCAACGCCAAGUCGCCGCGAUGCCGGGCUCGACCAAGACCAACACGAGCGGCGCCGCAGCCGGCGCGACCGCGCAAUCAGCGCAACCACAUCCCGCCGCAACAUCGAACACCACCGGCCAACCGGCCAACACAGAUGCAACAACCACAAAUCCCGGCGUCAACACCCCCUCGCGCCCCUCGUCGCCCCAGAGACCCCCCUACAGUCCCAUCACCCCCCCGCAAAAGCCCGUCGCCUUCCCGCCGCACCCACACUACACCCACGCCACCCACCAAGACCAGAUUGCCAUCCCUCCGCCCCAGCCCGAGACCAUCGAUUUCGAGAACAACCCCGACGCCAUCGCCCUCAGAUCCGCCAUCUCGAUCCUGCUGAUACAGCGCCGCAAGGCCGAAGCCGACAUGGCCGCUCUCCAGCAAGCCAAGAAGGCUGCCUUGGCCGAGCCCGACGCUUUCGUGCAGGACCUGAUGGGAGGCCAGAUCCAUGUCGAGGGCGAGGGAUUGUUCAUCAGCGGCGCGCGGAGUAGUGAUGGACGGGGUAGCGGUGAGCGCGAGGGCUCAGACUCAGAUUCGGACUCGUCAGAUUCAGACUCGGAACCCGGUGAAGCAACUGUUCAAGAUGGUGAUGGCACUGCUGCGCCAACCCAAGCGACCUCACAAACCCUAGUAGGAACAGGAAUAGGCAGUGCCAACACAUCAUCUAGUAUAGCAACAACAGCCCUACAAACCCAGAAUAUGCCCGCAGGUCCGGGGUCAGGAGGGGAAGAAGUCGCUACCACUACCGCUACCAAUCCGGGCCCCGACACCCCGAACACCCCGAACACCCAGCAGCAACAAGCAAGACGCCGCGAACAAACCACAACCCAACCCAAACCCUGGGCCAAUCUCCCCAAGCCCCAAACCGUCGUCCGCUGCCCACCGAUCAACUGGUCGCAAUACGCCGUCGUCGGCGACUCCCUCGACAAGCUACACGACGAGCAACUGCGGGCGCCCACGCAGGGCACGCCCGCCAUCAUGACGCGCGGCGGGCGCCCCGAGUUCCGAGGGGGGCUCGGCAAGCGGGAGCGCCUCGUCGGCGUCGGCGCCCCCUACGCGCCCGGCAAGGACAAGAUUGACAGGCGCGCUAAGCGGGGGAAGCCUUGAUUACCUAACCUAACCUAACCUACCUACCUAACCUUGUUCAUCGCUGUGUACCCCACCACCACCACCACCAUCACCACCACCACCAACAGCAGCAGCAACACAU